UGCUGAUCCCAAUUUUUUUCUUUUUUCUUUUUGGAUUUUCUGGAUUGGGUUGUUUGGAGUGGUUUAGGAGAUGAAAAUUGUAUUGGGUAUGGGAGAUGGAGCUUGGAACGUUGAAGAUAAGGCUAUGGUUGCCGCUGUAUUAGGAACAAGAGCAUUUGAUUACUUGAUGUCAAGCUCGGUUUCAAAUGAGAACCUUUUAAUGACCAUAAGCAAUGAUGAAAAUCUCCAAAACAAGCUCUCAGAUCUCGUGGACCGUCCCAACGCUUCUAAUUUCAGCUGGAACUACGCCAUUUUCUGGCAAAUUUCGAGGUCCAAGUCCGGCGAUUGGGUCCUCGUUUGGGGCGACGGGUGUUGUCGAGAGCCUAAAGAAGGAGAAGAAUCAGAGACGACUAGGAUUCUUAACCUCCGCCUCGAGGACGAGACUCAGCAGAAGAUGAGGAAAAGGGUCUUGCAGAAAUUACAUACUUUGUUCGGUGGAUCAGAUGAGGAUAAUUAUGCACUUGGCUUGGACAGACUUACUGAUACUGAGAUGUUCUUUUUAGCUUCCAUGUAUUUUUCUUUCCCACUAGGAGAGGGAGGCCCUGGGAAGUGUUUUUUGUCCGGGAAAGAUGUAUGGGUCUCGGAUGCAUUGAGAUCGGGUUCGGAUUAUUGUGUUCGGUCUUUCUUGACAAAGUCUGCUGGAGUUCAAACCAUUGUUUUGGUCCCUACUGAUGUUGGUGUUGUUGAACUGGGGUCGGUUAGAUCUGUGACGGAAAGCUUAGAGUUGUUGCAGUCGAUAAGAAGUUCAUUUCCAUCGAAUUCUUCGGUUCUUGGAGGAAAGCAAAUGGCUGUAGCAGCAGUACCUGUGGGGAAUGAGAAGAAACAUGAGAAUUCUUCCCAUUUUUCAAAUUUGGGGAUUGUGGAAGGUGUUCCAAAGAUUUUUGGGCAGGGUCUGAACAACAUUUCUCAUGUUAAUUCCAUUCAUCGGGAGAAACUCGCUGUUAGAAAGAUGGAAGAUAGGCCAACCUGGGGAGAUUAUGCUAAUGGUGGUAAGCUUCUGUUUUCGAGGAAUCAAAAUGGCGUUCAUGGUUCCGGUUGGCCAUAUGUACUUGGUGGGAAACAAGGGAGUCCUACCGACUUCUAUGUUGCUCAAAAUGAGGAAAAUAAUAUUCAGGAGCUUGUUAAUGGGGAUAGGGAGGAGUUUCGGCUUAAUCACUACCAGUCACAAAAGCCUGUUCAAAUCAAAAUUGAUUUUUCAAGGGCUACCUCAAUGCCUUCUUCUGCAGCUACUCGGCCAUUAAGUGCUGAAUCUGAGCAGUUGGAUGUUGAAGCUCCUUGCAAGGAAGAGAAGCCAAGUGCAACUGAUGAAAGGAGGUCCCGGAAAAGGGGUCGUAAGCCUGCUAAUGGUAGAGAAGAACCUCUUAAUCAUGUUGAAGCCGAGAGGCAGCGUCGCGAGAAACUGAAGCAGCAGUUCUAUGCCUUACGAGCUGUGGUGCCCAACAUAUCCAAGAUGGACAAAGCUUCAUUGUUAGGAGAUGCAAUUGCUUACAUCAAUGAACUUCAGGCAAAACUUAAGGUCAUGGAAUCAGAAAGGGAAAAGUUCAGUAGCACUUCAAGGGAUUCGUCAGGGUUAGAUACCAUUGCAAACACAGAGAAUCAUAUCGGAGAGGCUAAUAUUGAUGUCCAAGCAGUUCACGAUGAGGUUGUUGUAAGAGUAAGCUGCUCUUUAGAUUCACACCCUGCAUCAGGAGUAAUCCAAGCAUUCAAAGAGGCAGAUAUCAAUAUACUAGACUCGAAACUCGUUGCAGCAGAUGAUUCUGUGUUUCAUACAUUUGUUAUCAAGUCUCAAGGAUCUGAACAGCUAACAAGGGAAAAGCUGAUUGCCGCAUUUUCACGCCAACCAAAUUCGUUACAGCCAUUAUCAUCAUCUCUUGGAUAGCACACAAUUGCAUUUUAACAUUGUCCAUAGGCAUAAAAAAAAUUAAUGUGAAGAACCGGAUUUGAAGCUUCUUCAGAGGUUUUCGGAUUAUACAGCAAGGGAUCCUUAAAACAGGAGCCUGAAGGGCCUGGUAGGAGUAGAAACAACUGCUUAUUGACCAAGUAGGCAGCAAAGUUUAUGUGAUUUGUUUGUAUAUUAUAUACAUAUAUUCUGGCAUAAUGAGUUAUUUUUGCAAGAUAAAUUAAAUUUCCAUGUUUAGUUGGCUGUUU